AACAAAAGAGGCAGCAAAGCAGAAUGUGCAAAAUAUGUGCGCGGGAGCGAGCGAGACGAAAACAAAGCGGCAGCGGCAUGCGUUUGCGUGUGCAAGAGAACGCGAGUGCGAGCGAGACAGCAACAGCGACAGAGAGCGAGAAUGCAGUGGCAUGUUCGCUCUCAUCGUGCGCGUGUGUGUUUGUAAAAUGCGAAAGCAAACUACACACGCCGCCAACUACAACUACAACUACAAACACAAGCUGCGCUGCCAGCGUCGCGGCGUUGCAGCCUCUUCUUCUUUCGCUGCUGCCUUCCAUUCCACCGAACUUCCAAUCCAAAACGGAAAGCAGCUGCUGCCCGCCGAGUGAACGAGAGCCUGGGGCAGAGGCGGUGAGGAGGGCGAAGAGAACAGACGGGGAGAGAGCGAGAGAGACAGCCGGCGUCUUUGUCAAUUCGCGAGCGACGACGCCGGCAGAGGGCGCCAUUGCCACAACACCACAAACACAAAGGCAACACAAACAACAAGGCAACAGUGCUGCCCUCAGACUUUGGAACAAGAAGUAAGGCAGCUAGAAUCAAGCUUAGUAGCUGAACUCCAGAUGUUUUGAUUGCAAAUAUUUAAAAAAUUAUAAGCGUGUUUGAUCGUUGACCACUGAUUCCUAACCAUAUAAAAUAUAUGUAUUAUAUUGUAGACCAAACUGCAACUGUAAAUAUAUAUAAAUACAAUAAAAUUCAUGAUUUAUAAAGAGGUGUAUUUACUUUCAGAAUUUAUAAACUUUAAAAUAACAAUUAACGCAUUCCCCCAAAACAGCUAUAAAAUAGCCAAGCCACCAACUCUACAGGGGAGCACAAAAUAUCAAAGGAAUUAAUUUCGAGUGGAAGGGGCAGAAGAAAAGUAGUGCAAUGCGUUCCAAUGGGCAGUUAAUUGCUCAGCAGAAUAAUACAAAGCACGGAAUAGGAGUGUAGUGCUCUGAGGGGGGUAGCAGGCAAGGGGGGAAUAGGUAAAUAUAGAACGUGCUUUGUUCGAUUCGUAGAGCAUAAAUAUUUGUGCAUUUUGAUACCCAUACAAAUUGCGUAAACUUCAGCGGAGAGCAAACAGAAAUUUGAUUGGGACGGGAAAAUUGAAUACUGCGCCCGGGGAUACGGAAGGCACGGCGACAAAAAAAAGAACACAUUUUGUGUCAGGGGAAGUUUAUGGCUUCAAAAAUCGUAAACAAGCCAGAUUUACAAGAAAUAAGAAUUUCAUUUGUUAUAAUGAAACUACACUGAGUAAUUGGAAUGGCAUGUACAUAGUAUAUGAAAAUAUGUAAGUUUCUU